AUGACCCGCGCCAUACUCAAGAGCGUCCGCGUACCCUAUCUCGCUAAUCGGGCGUGCGAGGACUGGACUGUACUCACUGGCGAGCGCGACACCCUUCCUAAGUACAUCAAGUUAUGGGUCAAUUGGCUCAUCAACAAUGACGUAGUGAGCGCAGGAGAUGAGUAUGCGACCGCGCUCAUGCUGAGCAAGCAGUUGCAUAUCGCGUGCAAGUCUGCUUGGGAGAUGGCGAGUUACAGGAAGUCAAGCAAGACAUUUCAGCGUGUGUUGCCAUACUUCACCGACAACGGCGCAGGAAUUCAGCUUGCUGUUAUAGCGGCGGUUGGUAACCUCGAUGCCCUUAAAUCUGCUGUCAACUCAUACGGCUCCGAUCUGCUCUGGGACGUCUCAUACACCUUUGGAUCUGCGCUCGCUGCAGCCGCUGGUGGUGGUCACGAUGACGUCGUCCAAUACCUCCUGGAUUACUUCGUGACGAACCACCGUAUGUAUCCCAUGGAGCAGUACGAGGCAGCCUUUAGGGGCGCCAUCGCUGCAACCCUGGGUCAAGGUAAUACAGACAUGUCGGUACGGCUCCUCCAUGUAUAUCACCACUACUUCCCCGCGGUCCCAAAGCUCUUGCUUAGCAGUUGGAUUGCUAUGGCGGCCAAACAUCCGGACGAUCGCGUCUCUGUAAGGUUGCUGGAACUUCGCACUGAACCCGGUCUUCGCGAGUGUCUCGGAAAGUUCAAACUCGUCUGUAAGACCAAGAGCAAGCCCGUGUUUGAUGCUUUCCUCAGGCUACGUUCCAUGAACCUCAACCAAGGAUACCUCGAGAAGAAGGUCGCUUUCCGGUGUCCUCUUUCCGUUGCCGUGGGUGUGGGCCAUCCUGGUCCGGUCAAGUCACUCCUCUACCACGGAGCACAUGCGGAUGGGGUACCGACUUGUCGGCUUUGCGAUCUUCCUCUCUGGCUCGCCGUUCAGGGUAAUAGCCUCGAGAUCGUUACCGCGCUCUUAUCAUAUGGCGCUGAUAUCGAAUCCAUCGUCCAGUUGUGGAUCGACAGCGAUGACCAGUUCAAGGAGGAGCGCGGCGCCAUUGCGAUGCAUCUCAACAUGGUAUCCCAACAGCGUAGCGCUCAAUGGGAUGCUGCCAUGGGCGGUCCCCAGCAGUCGUAG